AUGAUAGGGAUCCAAGACUUAGCAAUAAUUGAAAGAGAAAUACAUUUUUGUGCAAGAUGUUUUUCGAAUUUAUCAUAUGGACAUGGAAUACGCUCUCUUGUAGUUGGAUUUGGAUCGUUUGCUAAAUGCUCCACAGUAAUUGUUGCCAAUUUUUAUUUAGAAGUUAUAGAUCAACGUUAUUUUACUUCCUCGACACGUGCUUUAAAUAUCCUCCGCCUUACCAAGCGAGCGUACCAUUUCGGCUCUUUACCUACAGAAGUUGAAGAAUUAAUGCAGUCUGCUGGUGGCGUAUUUCAAAAUUACAAUAAGGAGUGGUGA